AUGGCAAGCAGCACUACCUCCAAGGCGACGCGCCCAGCCUCGCCGGCAGCUUCUAUAGGACUUGGCUCUCCCGUGAGCUUCCGAAAGCGACGUGGCUCUACCAACUCGAUAUCCUCCACGAUAGAUAAAGAACAGCUGGCGCAGGCUCUCGACCAGAUUCACACAUCGGCUAGUCGAUGCGAAUCCUUGACUACCUUUAACGACUUUGCCCCUCCUCCAGAAGGAAUUCCAGCUUCGGAGAACAGGUCAGGAGCCGGGGAGUUGGUGCAGAACGGCCUCAGUGGCCUGUAUAAUCGAUUCCGAGAGGUGGUAGGUGGUGGCAGCCCGACCAAAACCAUCCCAAAGGAGGCAAAAGAGAGUAAAGAUGGCUCGGGACAGACAUCGGAGAUUGCUUCCAAAAGAUCGUCCGCAGCGCCUGGCCAUAGCUCUCGGCCCUCUGUGUCGUCCCUCACGCGAGUUGACACAAAUGCUACCAUCACGACAAAUUCGAUAUCAACCAUAGCUUUAACUGAUGUGUCUUCUCCAACUACCGCGUCUGGGAAUGUGGAUACUCGCCCGCAAGUACAGUCGACCAAGUCGAACAGCAUCAAUCUCAUGACCGGACCACGAUCCAGCUCGACUAGUAGGCAAAGCUUACCAACCAAAGCUACGAGUUCCGUCGUUGCUGACCCUACAAUUGCUCCGCCUCCUCCGCUGAAGCGAGAUGCGAGCCGUAGUACUAUUCGUACCGAGGACAGUGGAGGGCAUGGUUCUAGCAGGAGAAGCCUUACCAUAGCCGAGCUUCAAGCAGAAUCUGCGAGUCUUUAUGAUGCCAAGGACGGGAGACUACCGCCUCGAGCUGGACGGGAUGAUGAAUCUAGCGUUGAUGGCAGCCUUGAUGCCCCGUUUAGUCCUGUUGCAGGUGCGCCAUCGACAACCUCAACCACCAACAGCCGCCACCGUGCUCGAAACCCUUCCGUCACGUCCUCUAUGUUGCACCCCGAUGACAUGAGACGGACACCCGCAGUCAUCGAUAGGAUAAGUCGGUCUCGCUCUCCUAGAUACCCAGGUUCAAGGGACUCUUCACUUGACAGAGGAACUGCUGCGGCCAGUGCCAUCAACACAUCAGCACAUGACUCGGUCUACCAUGAUUCCUUCGGUCAGGAGAUUCAAUCACAGCAUUUGCAUCCCGAUUUUGGACGGAUCCCGGGUACCACGAGCGGCCAGGAGCGUGCUUCUGACCAGAUGAAUGCUCAGCUUGACAAAAUGCGGAGACAAGUAUUGAGCAAGGAGUUCUGGAUGAAGGACGAUACUGUUAAAGAGUGCUUUCUUUGCCAAACACCGUUUACUGCGUUUCGGAGAAAACACCACUGCCGUACUUGUGGUUGUAUUUUCGAUUCCAAGUGCACCACUGUGGUUUCCGGCGAGAAGUUCGGCGUUCAAGGGUCUUUGCGAGUAUGCAAGAAUUGUCUCGAGGUUAUUAGCCGUCGAUUCGAUGGCAGCGGCUCUGACGACUCAGGGGACGAGCGGUCUUUUCUACCCAAAAUAUUUGGACCAAAUAACCCCAAGGAAUCUUCUGAAACUCUGGAAAGCAAAUCCAAGUCCAUGACAUCAAGCGCAGCUGUUGGUUCUGAAGGAUCGGAGGAUUCCCGGCCCCUGACGACACCAAUGAUGGCGAUUCCGGCUACUCGGCGCGUGAGAGAUUCUGCCAACAGGGCCUCUGCCGUAUUGGAAAUAGGAGCGCCUCAACUUAGUCGACCCGGUUCAUCCCGCUCUUUGAAAUCGUUAACAACGUCUGGACGUCCACAGUCAUCUGCUGGUCACAAGCGCCAUCAUUCCAAACAUGGCUUUCUUGGAAGAUUCAAGCCAGCCCCAGAACAACAAGCCCCGUUCCGAAAAGGAAUUGAUGAGGAAAGCUCAAAGAAACCAAAGUUUCCCGCUUUUCAUGAUGAUAACAUUAUCGAUCCAGAUUUAGCGGAUUACAUGUCGGAAGACUCUAGUGGAGACGAACAGAUGGGCAUUUUUGCAACCAUGGCAGCAUCGGAUGUCCAAUCUACAAGCUAUGAACACGAUAGAUCUGCAUUCCCGUCCUACUUGAACCAAACUCGGAAACAUCGUCAUCGGCCUGGCGAAAAGAGCAUCAGUGGCAUGAGCUAUGUCAGCAGAGGUGUCUUGGAUGAUACCAAUGGCCCAAUCAGUCUAUUGAAUCAUAGGAGGUCAACUCGGCGCCGGAAUCUCAGUAUUAGUGGAAGUGCUCAUCAUCACGGCUCUCCACGGCCAAAGUCCGCUGUGUACAAGGGGCCAUCUGCGUCUUCAGAGGCGCUCUUUGGGCUGGAGCACCCCAUUCAAUCGGGGACGCAGCUGACCCGAAGUGACUCUUUGCGUAGAAAGAGGAUUUCUAAACAAGAACUCAACCGGUCCAGUUUGAAACAUGUUGACAGAUUGCUUUAUCAGCUUCUCGAUGAUGCUCAAAUUCCAAAUCCGGGCGCAUGGCAAAAGUCUCUCGUACCUAUUCUACUUCAGCUCACAGACGAUGUCACCCCCGAUGUCGCCAAAGGAGAAGACAUGGAUCUGAGACAUUAUGUAAAGUUAAAGAAGAUUCCUGGCGGACGACCGGGCGAUACAUCGUACAUCUCAGGGGUAGUGUUCACAAAGAAUCUGGCAUUGAAGAGGAUGCCACGGAGGAUUACGAAUCCUCGCAUCGUACUUGUGACUUUCCCUAUCGAGUAUCAGCGUCACCAACAGCACUUUAUGAGCCUGCAGCCAGUAAUCGAACAGGAGAAGGAGUUUCUACGAGUUGUCGUGCAACGUAUCACCAAUCUUCGUCCACAUGUUUUGCUUGCACAAAAGGGUGUAUCAGGAGUUGCUUUGCAAUAUCUCUCGGAGGCUAAUAUAUCCGUGGCGUAUAAUGUGAAAGACACGGUCAUAGAAGCCGUCGCUCGAUGUGCCGAGGCUGAAAUUAUCGAAUCGUUGGACAUGCUGGCACUCCCAGUUCGGGUUGGAAGAUGUUCUGCAUUUGAAGUGCGAACAUUUGUGAACAAUAAUUAUCCGGGUAGAAAGAAGUCGUACAUUUUCCUCUCGGGAUGCCGUCCUGAUUUGGGAUGCACAAUAGCCUUGCGAGGCGCGUCUGGUGCGUUACUGAAACAGGUAAAGCAUAUCAUGGAAUUUAUGGUCUAUGUUGUGUACAACCUGAAGCUAGAAUCGAGUCUUCUUCGAGACGAGUCUGUCGAACCCCCGGAGGACAGCGAAACCUCGCUAUCAAACUCACUUCAAGGCCUGAAUGAGAGCUUCCGCUCCAUCAGCUCAGCUGGGGAAUGCUGCAAACAGGGGCCUACUGUUGUUGUUAAUCACCCAUCCAGCGAGUCUGAGCCGCCAUCACAGGUCACGGUGGACAGCGUGAGCACAAAUCCUGAAGAUGCUGAGCUUGUUGGACAGGCCGGUGGGCAAACCCCCGAACCAGCCAGAAUGGUAUCUUUGCAUGCCAAUCAUACACACGCCUCUCCCGAGAGUCAAGUACCUGACGAUAUUCCGAUGCCGACUUUUUACAGCGACAUGGUAGCAAAAUACGAAACCAAGAUUCUGUCCGCGUCGCCAUAUGUAAAGUUCAAGCAGCCUUAUCUUCUGAUGAAGGCUCGUGAGCAAGAAAGGAGACUCCUUUACCUUCGGCGACUUCGUGAUCAAGAUGCCGUCGAGGAGGAUUCGGAAAAAGCAGGUCGCCACAGGUUCCAGUUGAUAAAGCCUGAAAUGGUAGAGAAGAUUGGGCAGAAGGCGCCACGUCAAGUUAUGGAGGUCCUGCAUGCAGUCCAUGAUGCGGAAUAUGACAAAGCCCUCUUCAACUAUCAAACUCAAACGCGCCAGUGGGAGGCAUAUAUACAAGGCAAUCUUGACUUGUUCGACCCGUAUUCUCACCAAAAUAUCGUGGUUCUGUACUCGGUUAUCUGUACCGACACGAAGAUACCAUGUAUAGAGCCAGGAUUGGUGGCUAUCAACUUCUAUGAUGAACAACAUGUUGAUACGGGCAUGGAUGCUGAUUGCACACUUGGCCAGUAUAUCGAGGAUUUGGCAUACAGCAAAAACGAUAUUUGCAACUCCAACGGUUGUGAAAAGAAACUAGUUGACCAUCAUAGAACCUACGUUCACGAUGAAUAUCGUAUCACUGUUUUUGUGGAACACGUUCCAAAUCCUUCUCCUCGGCGCCCAGAGCUCGGUGACGGCAUCACAAUGUGGACAUAUUGUAAGCUCUGUAAGAAAGACUCCAAAGAAACAGUCAUGUCGAAUGCAACUUUCAAGUACUCAUUCGGGAAGUAUUUGGAGCUUCUGUACUGGGGCCGCGGUUUAAAGCUUAAAAACAUCGAAGACUGUCCCCACGACCAACACCGCGACCAUGUUCGCUACUUUAGUCUCCGGGAUUCCCGGGUGCGAAUUCAUUGGGACCCCAUCGAUCUUCUUGAGAUAGUGGUUCCGCGAGCAAGGAUAACUUGGAAAGUGGCAAAUGACUUGAAGCUGAAGAAUGAGAUUUACAACAAAAUGGAGGAACGAUGGAGCAAGUUCAUGUCUUCAGUUCGAGCUAGACUGAAGAGCAUUCGCACGGAAAGCCUUUUGCCGGAAAAAGCAAAAUCUUGCAAGGCUGAGGUGGAAAGACUUAUGAAGAAAACCCAAGAGGAACAGCCUGCCAUCAUCCGACAGAUGCAGCGUACGUACGUCGAAUCCAAAUAUUAUGAAGUUGUUCCUUUCAACAAAAUUGUUCGCGAGAUGCUAGAGAAAGCCGGAGAAUGGGACCAAGCGUUUUCCAAGUUCGAAGCUGAUUUCCUUGGUGACAAGGAUAUGCGGCAGAUUACGAUGAUGCAACUGAAGAAAAUCUUCACUGAUAAUGAAUCUAAAGAAUCUCUUGCCUCGAACGAUGGAACUGGUUCGGUUGGAGACGUUGACGACCGGCCAUCCCAAACAUCCAAUGAGGCCGCGGAAAAGAGUACACAGCCAACCGAGUACACCGAUACUGGAAUGGAAGCUAGUGUCGCGUCAUCCAAAGCACUGGAUGCGAAACAUGAAUCUGAAGACGAGAAGAUUUAUAUCCCCGCUGAAGGAGUAGUUGAACGAGUAGAAGGACUAGAUCUAGCUGGAUCCCCUGAAGCAAUCGCUACACCUGCUCCAAUUUCUCCAAGCCCGGCUUCUACUGAGACAACGUCCCGGAUUCCUAUUGCACAGACACCGGCGACUUCACGGCCCCCAGCUUCGCCCACAGGUGCUGGGCGACAUCCAACAGACACCGCCAUCUCUAGCCAGUCCCUGUCGGAGAGAAUUGAUCAGAUGCGACGCGAACAAGCUAUGCAAGGCGCUGAGGGCAAUGUGGUUGCAGCGAAGGCUGUACCAGAACGGGGAUCUAGCCGCAAGUCUGGCCCCAACAUCUCACCACCUAUAGUCCGUGCAACAUCCCACCCUAUUCGAACACUGCCGAGGCCGCAGCCUGCUGCCGCCAAAGCCAAUGGGUCAAAGGAUAGCAAGUCUAGUACGACGGCUGAUUCAGGCACGGAAACACCAUCAGAAGGAUCUAUCAAGGUGGACAAAAAACUCUCAGAUCGCCUGGGAUUGACUGCCCUGAAGAAUCGCAGUAAAACUGCAACAUCUGGCAUUCCACGCCUCUCCCACAAGAAGAAAGAGUCCAAAGUUUCAACACUGGCUAGACACUUUGAACAGCUAAGCCGAGAAUUUGAAAAGGAACGCAUCCGUGAUCGCAAAGAAAGAGCAGCGAGUCUUCGACAACCCCGUGCCAGACUACCGAGAACGUCGACAAAGGCUAUUGUACAGGUUUAUGGUGAUGUUUCCGAAGCAUUUGAGGAGCCACUCCCGACAAAUGAGCAGAUACCGGGUCGAGAUGGUGACCAGAACCAGUCCAACGUCCUAGUAAAACCAGAGGCUAGUGUUCCAAAGUCGGAGCCUGUAGGCGAGCUGCCCACACAUGCAGAACCAAACAUCAAAGUCGAUGACCAAACAGCCAAGUCGGAAACCGAUCAUGCGCCAGACGGAGAAACAAGCCAGGCGACUUCGGAUGACGAGGCGAUGACAAGUGACAUUGAUUCCUCUAUUGCUGAUGAAUUUCUCCCUGAUCUUCAAGAGUUGGCAGAGGCUCUCGAGCCUAGUACUGACAUCCCCGACGAACUUCCCAAGCACCAGAAAACGAGCCUUAUGAAGUAUUUAGCGAACUUUUGGGCCGAGACAUCGGCUAGUGGAUGGCCGCCCCUGGAGUACCCAAUCAACCCUACUGACCAUAUUUUUGUGGAUUCUGACAUUAUCGUACGGGAGGACGAGCCAAGUUCUGUCAUUGCUCUUGCAUUGAAUAGUGACGACUAUCAAGCCAAGCUUGCAGGAAUCAUGCGCGAUAACCAAGACGUUCCAGAGCUCGAAGUCGAUGGAAUCAGCGAUGGAGAGCCAAAAUCUUCACCCAUGUCUGAUAUUGGCGACGGGAUUAUGUACGAAGCGGACUUGGAGAAGAGUUUGCUUCGAGUGACUGGCACUCAUCUCAAGUAUCAGUUUAAAGAAGGCGCCGCUAUUAUGACGUGCAAAAUCUUUUAUGCGGAACAAUUUGACGCUCUGAGGCGAAAAUGUGGUGUGGCCGAAAGAAUUAUUGAGUCUCUUUCUCGCUGCCUUAAAUGGGACUCGAGAGGUGGCAAGACCAAGUCCGUGUUUUUGAAGACUCUGGACGAUAGGCUUGUCUUGAAGAGCCUGUCUCCAAUCGAAACGUCCGCUUUCUUGCGUUUCGCUCCUAGUUAUUUUAACAUUAUGGCGGAGGCUCUGUUUCACGAGCUACCAUCUGUAAUUGCCAAGAUGCUAGGGUUCUUUCAAGUUAUCAUAAAGAACCCAACGACAGGAACCGAUGUCAAGCUUGAUCUCUUGAUAACAGAAAAUCUGUUUUAUGAUCGGUCACCCACGCGAAUUUUCGAUCUAAAAGGAUCCAUGCGGAAUCGCAAGAUUCAAUCAACUGGCGAGCAGAACGAAGUGCUUCUGGAUGAAAAUAUGGUGGAAUACAUUUACGAAUCGCCAUUAUUUGCGCGAGAACAUUCCAAGAAAUUGCUUAGAGCGUCAGUUUGGAAUGACACACUGUUUUUGGCUCGGCAAAACGUCAUGGACUACUCAUUAAUGAUUGCGGUUGAUGAGGAGAGGAAGGAGUUGGUCGUAGGCAUUAUCGAUUGCAUCAGGACAUAUACUUGGGACAAGAAGCUAGAAAGUUGGAUCAAGGACCGCGGGUUCGCAGGUGGCGGCCGAAAUAGGCCAACCGUUACAAGUCCCAAGGAGUACAAGUCCCGAUUUCGAGAGGCUAUGGCUAGAUAUAUCCUCCAGGCGCCCAACUGCUGGCACUUGUUCAACAACCCACAGCUAUCAACAAACUAUGCGCACGCGAGAUUUGAAGAACCCGAAAUCAACCACCGCCCAUCUAUUGAUCUCAUCUCAAGCACGAACUGCCGACAUCUGCCUCUGCUCUUCCACCCUUCCAUCACUCAUGCCGCCAUGUCCAUUGACCUCAACUGGGAAACACUAACCAGUGGCCCAGAUGGCGACGCCCUCGCCGAACGCAUCAGGUCCUUCAUCCACGACAAGUUCCAAACAGUACCACUCCCUCGGUUUAUCAGGUCCGUCACCGUCCAUGGCUUCGACUUUGGCACCAUACCACCUGAGCUGGAACUAAAAGACAUUACGGACCCGCUUCCUGACUUCUACGAACAAGAGCUAGGAGAGGACGAAAGUGAUGAUGAUUUUGGAAGCGACGAGGAGGCAGCAGCGCAUCUUGCUGCCGAGCGGGCUAGGCAAGCUCUCGCCGGGAACAGAAAGCGCCCCAGCGGCAUCAGGACCGCAUUGAAGAGCGACAUUGGGGGACACGAUUUGGGAAGUCCGUUUCUUGGAACGUCUACUCCGGGUAUACUAGGCGGUCCGGGUCUAAACUACCUCCAAGGCCAUCUGGGCACAGGCACGCAUACACCCCUGGCGGCCGUCGCAGGCGCCCACCUCGGAAACUCAUGGAUGGCCCCCGGCACCCUCGACUCCUCCGACUUCACCAACGCUGCAAGCCAUCACAGAAACCCCUCGCAAAGCAGCAUAUCCGUUGACAACUUCUCCGUUAACCUGGAAGGCACAUCGCCGCCACUACGCGAGAAGUCAAGCGUUUCCACGCUCGCCCCUACAGCAGUGAGCAUGUCUCGGCCUCCCACCCGAGACACACACCUCGUUGAUUCUGCUGUUGACGAAGACGAUGAUGGACGGCACGCGGCACUAGAUGCGAGUGCCGUUGAUGACGGUUUGGCAGCGCAUAGGAGAGAGCCCAGGGUGGAGGAUGUUCAGGCUGUGUUUAGGAUAUGCUACGCAGGGGAUAUUCGGCUGAAUCUCACGGCAGAGAUAUUACUGGAUUAUCCUAUGCCUAGCUUUGUUGGUAUCCCGCUGAAGCUGAAUAUUACGGGCCUGUCGUUUGAUGGGGUGGGUGUGUUGGCAAAGAUUAGGAAGCGCGUGCAUUUUUGCUUCUUGAGUCCCGAGGAUGCCCAGGCCGCUGUUCGGUCGGUGGACGGGGGCGAGGGUAGUGGAAGUAGAGGAGAGCAGGGCGCGAGGACGAACACCAGAUUCGGGGGCUUGCUGCAGGAGAUUAAAGUUGAGAGUGAGAUUGGUGAGAGAGAAGGCGGGAAACAGAGCCUCAAGAACGUUGGUAAGGUGGAGAGAUUUGUGUUGGAGCAGGUGAGGCGCAUAUUUGAGGAGGAGUUUGUGUAUCCUAGUUUCUGGACGUUUUUGGUAUAA